UUAAAGUGGUGUCUCUCUGAGGCUUUGAAAAGCACCGUGCUCAGUUUGGUGAGGGUUUGAAUCUCACCACUCUCCCUUCUGUUUGCAAAACUGCUCCUUCUGCCAUCAUCCGAGGAUCAAAGAGAAAAACAAGAGAUGGAGUGGUGUGUGUCAAUGCCAAAGAUUGAACUGCAUGCUCACCUUAAUGGAUCCAUCCGAGACUCCACACUUCUUGAACUCACUAAGGCUUUGAUUGGAAAGGGUGCCAUUAAUUUUUCCGAAGUGGAGCAUAUCAUCCUCAAAUAUAACCGUUCAGUGGAAGAAGUUUUCAAGCUGUUCGACCUAAUCCACAUUCUCACCACUGAUCACAACACUGUUGCAAGAAUUACCAGAGAAGUUAUUGAGGAUUUUGCAUCAGAGAAUGUUGUCUAUCUGGAGUUGAGGACUACUCCAAAGAGAAAUGAUUCUGUGGGAAUGAGCAAACGCUCUUAUGUUGAAGCUGUACUGAAAGGUCUAAGAUCAAUUACUUCAGUUGAUGUGGAUUUCAUUCCACAUUGUGAAGAUUCAAAGACUCUUUUUACUCCUGCACCGGCUAUUGAUGGACAUGCGAGAAAAAGAAUCUUUGUUAGGCUUCUCUUGAGCAUUGACAGAAGGGAGACAACAGAAGCUGCAAUGGACACUGUCAAGCUUGCACUGGAAAUGAGGCCUUAUGGGGUAGUUGGAAUUGACCUCUCUGGAAAUCCAAGUAUUGGUGAUUGGACCACAUACUUGCCAGCAUUGAAAUUUGCUCGAGAACAAGGUCUUUAUGUAACACUUCAUUGUGGCGAGUUACCUAAUUCAAAGGAGAUAAAAAAUAUGCUUGACUUUCGCCCCCAAAGGAUUGGACAUGCUUGUUUCUUUGAGGAUGAACACUGGAGACAGCUAAAGUCAUCGAACAUUCCGGUUGAAAUUUGCUUGACAUCAAACGUUAGGACAAUGACUGUUCCAUCUAUAGAUGUUCACCACUUUGCUCAUUUAUACAACGCAAAACAUCCUUUAGUCCUGUGUACCGAUGACUCUGGUGUGUUCUCUACCUGUCUCUCCAAGGAAUACAAAAUUGCUGCUGAUUCAUUUGGGCUGGGAAGGAGGGAAAUGUUUGAGCUAUCAAGGAAUGCUGUUGAGUAUAUAUUCGCAGACAGCAAAAUAAAGGAGGAUUUAAGAAGAAAUUUCAAUUCAGUGGCAAAAAAAUAUGGAAGUGUAACCACAGUUUCAUCUUGAAUAUCUGCAUUUAGAUAUAUUAAUAUUAGAGAUUAGCUAACGAUCAUGCAGGGGAUUGCCCCUUAUCCUAGCUUGAAGUUGGCAAUCGAGUCCUUCACGUGGAAAAAAGAAUGUGUAAAGGGAUAAAAUAAGGGUGUAGGAUUCACAUUUGUUAUGAGUAUUUUUAAUUCAAAUCUGCAGCAAUGUUGUCCUUUAUUUUCUGAUUUUGCACGUCACUCGAGGAGUUGAUGAAAAUUGUUCAAUCAAGUGAUUAUUCUUCUAGGAGGUUUCGGUUGAUGAGCCAUACAGGAUACGCCAUUGUAAGGGUCAAUGGUCACGUCAUUGGAUAUAUGCCGACCACAAUCUUGGCUAUUAAUGCUGCAGUUACCACUUUCUUUUUUGGUG